AUGCAUCCCUCCCUGCGCCUCUGCUCGGCCAGAGUGCACGAGCCGCUCAUCAAGUUUGUCGGCAAGCGCGUUUGGCCUACCGCACCCGACCCGCCCCAUGCCCACCCGCAGGCACCCACGGAGCUCAAGGAGCACUUUUCCGAUUUCCUGAAGAAGUUCCAGGCGUCGUCGCACGCGCCCCAUCCCGCUGCCCCGCCAGGCGUACAGCCGAAGAAGCCCGCAAGCCCGAGCGGAGUGAACGUGCAGCAUGUAGAAAGGUACGGCGAGUUCUGGGAGGCGCCGGCGCAGUUCUGGCGGCCGCGCGUGAGGACGUUGGAGGAUUGGGAGAUUGAUGCGAUUCAGACUGGCGGCGCAUCGUUGCGGUAG